GCAGGGUUUGAAAUUAUCCUGUUGCAUAAUAUCUGAUUUAUAAGUGUUUCAUCCCGUUUUCAGUAUUCCAAAUACAAGGAUACGUAUUAUACUAAGUUUAUUCUAACAUAUCAUAGAUAAAUUUGACAUUAAAUAUCCACCAAUAAAUUGGACACAACGUUUUGUAACCCAAGUAGGAGAGCAAAGCCAAAAUGGCAAAUUUGAUGGAUUCGUAUGAACAACAAUAUUCCACUUUAUCUGCAGAAAUCACAUCUAAGAUAGGACGUAUCCCAAAUUUAACCGGCGCUGACAAACAAGCAUCAAUCAGAAAUGUCGAUCGUCUCAUGGAUGAAACAAAGGAACUGUUGGAGCAGAUGGAUCUGGAAGUCAGGGAACUGCCAUCAAGAGAUAGACAAAAAUACAGCACUCGAUUGAAAAGCUAUAAAACAGAACUUAUCAAACUAGAAAAAGAUUUUAAAAAAGCUAGGAUUGCAUUUAGUGAUGAAGUUCAUAUGCGGGAUGAACUUCUUGGAGGAGAUGACACUAACAAUUCUGAGGACCAGAGGCAAAGGUUGCUAGACAACACUGAGCGACUGGAAAGAUCUGGAAAGCGAUUAGAGCAGGGAUAUAGAACAGCAAUUGAGACAGAACAAAUAGGUAAUCAGAUCCUAGAAGAUCUUAGUUCACAACGUGAAACCAUACAACGAUCAAGAGAAAGGUUACGUGAGACGGAUGCAAAUCUCGGUAAAAGUUCCCGUGUGCUCUCAGGCAUGAUGCGCAGAAUAAUACAAAACCGAUUGAUUCUGGUUGUAAUAGGACUCAUAAUAUUGGUGAUAAUUGGACUUGGAAUAUAUUUUGCCACAAAACGGACAUAGCAUCUGCUUAGAUUUGUACACAAAUCAAACAGACAUCGACAUGAUAUAAAUUAUAUUGCAAGUCGGCAGUGACAGACAACUAGCAUGAAUCUGGGCCAAAUAAAAGCAAGACUUUCUGCACGCCAAGUCAUUUCCUAUUCAUCCUUGAUGUCUGGUUAGCGUAAUUCUAUGUAAACAUUGGGCUCUAACAUCAUUCGUGAGUUAUCACUGCACUUCUCAGUUGUGAGUCUCAGCUAUUCAUUGUGCAUUUGUGACAUUCCAGGAUUUGAGAGAAUUCCAUUAAAGAGGCUGUUGGAUUUGCUGUACCCUGGCGAUGCUUUAUCUGAUUUGUGAUGAUGCAUCAACAUAUAUUUAAUCAAAUGGAAUUGAAGAUAUAUAGAUAAGAUAAUACAAACAUCUGAGAACCAUUAAGCAAUGUCAGCUAUUUAGUUCUGCAGACUAGCCAACGUCUGAUGAGGUUUUGGGUCUGCUGUGUAAAUAACAUGAUGGGCAUUUAAAUUUUUGACAAAUUGUGUCAUCAAAAUUACA